AUCGGCAGCGACAUUUAUGGCGGCCAGGAGCUGACGGGGUGACUUGUGAGCUGAGCUGGGUGCGAGUGUCCUUUGAUUCAAUGCAUUGAUGUUCCUUGCCGGGCCGCCUCUGACGAGCGAGCAGUCAUGAGAUCCGAAUUGGCGGCCCACGCCGUUUGUGCAACUUGUGCAUGCACCCCCCUGACGUUUUAUCUUAUGUAAGCAGCACAUCGUCGAAAAUAUCGAGAGCUUCAUGAGUGCAGUUCUUUCUCAGCAAUGGAGGCCAGUUUAUUCCGAAGACCUGUCGCCAACCUCCUCUCAGGCAGGGCGCAAUGCCUGCUUGCACUCAAUGCCGCAUCCAGUCGCCAUGAAUCCUCAUACCGACGCUCGAAGUCACGUCUGAAUGUCAAGCCGGAGCCGUCCUUCCUCCCCUCAUAUUCGAAGACUCCGGUACAACAGGACCAUAUCAUCUUCAAUCCGCCUUCCUCAGCUCCAUCGGUCCUCCACACUCCGCUCAAAUUCCUCCCAAAAGAAGACAAACGAAAACAGCUCCUCGUGGCCACCGCACAGAAGUUCUCCUCGUCGCAAAUGCGAUUACCACCACCCAUACGAGCAAAGCCGAAAGUCCCCCAUCACCAUCUGAGCGAUGCAGAUAUUGCGGAAAUCGUCAAACUGAAGCAGCAGGAUCCAGAUCAGUGGACCAACACGAAGCUAGCGAGGAAGUUCAAUUGCUCGUCGUUGUUCGUCAGCAUUUGCUUGACCCAAUGCGGAGUGGAUAAUGCGGAGAGGAAGAAGGAGAUGCAGGAAAAGUUCGAGGCUGUAAAGGCGAGGUGGGGUCCGAGAAGGAGAAAAGCAAAGGAGGAGCAGGAUAGAAGGUUUAAGCUUGCAUACAGAGGCGACUGAGGAGUCUGGGCGCAUGCGGGAGGUGAGAUGAGUUAGAAUAGAGCGGUGUCCUUGUACGAACACUGCGGAUGGACUAGAAGAGGUGAUUCUGAUUUCACAACGUACCAAUACAUGGGGCACUUUAUUUUGUACAGUAUUGGAGCGGUGGCGUUAGAGAAAACGUGUAGGACUAUGUACAAAGACACACCAAAAACAGUCCCCGUUCAAACUUUAGUACGUUUUGAGCCAUUUCUCCGGUUCGAGCACAAGCCAAGCGGCAGGAGAAUC